CAACACGACCCAAUCGGUGGCCUGGAAUAGGUGGACAGCUCGGCGCCUGUGUGCGUUUACAGUGGGGGCGUGGCCUGGCCGGGCUUUAGCCGGACUGCGCGGCCAGACGCCGGCGCCAUGGAGGAGUACGCUCGGGAGCCUUGCCCAUGGCGAAUUGUGGACGAUUGCGGUGGAGCCUUCACUAUGGGUGUCAUCGGCGGUGGAGUCUUCCAGGCCAUCAAGGGCUUCCGCAAUGCCCCUGUCGGAUUUCGGCACCGAUUGAGAGGUAGUAUCAAUGCUGUGAGGAUCAGAGCCCCGCAGAUUGGAGGUAGCUUUGCAGUAUGGGGGGGCCUGUUCUCCACCAUCGACUGUGGCCUGGUGCGCCUGCGGGGCAAAGAAGAUCCCUGGAAUUCCAUUACCAGCGGAGCAUUGACUGGGGCUGUGCUGGCUGCCCGCAGUGGCCCAUUGGCCAUGGUGGGCUCAGCAAUGAUGGGGGGCAUCCUCUUGGCUCUCAUAGAGGGUGUUGGCAUCCUCCUUACUCGCUAUACUGCCCAGCAGUUCCGCAAUGCACCCCCGUUCUUGGAGGACCCCAGCCAGCUACCCCCUAAGGAGGGUACCCCAGCCCCAGGCUAUCCCAGCUAUCAGCAGUACCACUAAGGAAGUGACUGUCUGUCAUCACCACCGUGGGAGCUCCUCCUCCGUUCCCUCCCCGAUGAUCUACCUCGAAGGGAGGGCUGGCUCCCAGUUGGCCCUGGACCCUCCAGAGAGGGCCUCUACUCUGUUCCCUUGUCCCAGGGCAGGGGGUGGGGCACCCCAGCUGCUCUGACGGAUGGGUCCCCUUCUCUCUCAGGGCACCCCAACCCCAAAUUCACAUGUAACAAGUUCUCAUCCCAGUCCCCUUUCCUGGCGCCCUGAUGAGUAUUUAAAGCCAAUUUGAAAUGCC